GAUUCUGAGCGGCAGCCACCCGGGGCCCCGCCCGGAGCACUCAGGGGUGCCAGGAGGGGACGGAGCACCGCCUCCCACCGGGGCGCAGGGGCCGCCCCUGGCCGAGAUCGGCCCCGGAGCCGAGGGGUAUGCGCAGCUAACGGUCCCGUCGGGCAGGCUUUCCAGUGGCCGAGCGCGCAGGCGGUGCGCCCCAGCUAUGCAGUGUCCAGGGAGACGGCGGGCAUGACGGCGACAGGAUGGGCGCGAACAAUGGCAAACAGUACGGCAGUGAGGGCAAAGGCAGCUCAAGCAUCUCAUCCGACGUGAGUUCAAGUACGGAUCACACGCCGACCAAAGCCCAGAAGAAUGUGGCUACCAGCGAAGACUCCGACCUGAGCAUGCGCACACUGAGCACGCCCAGCCCAGCUCUGAUAUGUCCACCGACUCUGCCGGGAUUUCAGAAUGGAAGAGGCUCGUCCACCUCCUCGUCCUCCGUCACCGGGGAGACAGUGGCCAUGGUCCACUCCCCGCCGCCGACCCGCCUCACGCACCCGCUCAUCCGGCUGGCGUCGCGGCCGCAGAAGGAGCAGGCCAGCAUCGACCGGCUCCCGGACCAGUGCAUGGUGCAUGUCUUCUCCUUCCUGCCCACCAACCAGCUGUGCCGGUGCGCGCGCGUCUGCCGCCGCUGGUACAACCUGGCCUGGGACCCGCGCCUCUGGAGGACUAUCCGCCUGACGGGCGAGACCAUCCACGUGGACCGCGCCCUCAAAGUGCUGACCCGCAGGCUGUGCCAGGACACCCCCAACGUCUGUCUCAUGCUGGAAACCGUGACUGUCAGUGGCUGCAAGCGGCUCACAGACCGCGGCCUUUACACCAUCGCUCAGUGCUGCCCCGAACUGAGGCGACUGGAAGUCUCGGGCUGUUACAACAUCUCCAACGAGGCCGUCUUCGACGUGGUGUCUCUCUGCCCCAACCUGGAGUACCUGGAUGUGUCAGGGUGCUCCAAGGUGACCUGCAUCAGCUUGACUCGGGAGGCCUCCAUUAAACUGUCCCCCUUGCAUGGCAAACAGAUUUCCAUUCGCUACCUGGACAUGACGGACUGCUUCGUGCUGGAGGACGAAGGCUUGCACACCAUCGCCGCGCACUGCACGCAGCUGACCCACCUGUACCUGCGCCGCUGCGUCCGCCUCACGGACGAGGGCCUCCGCUACCUGGUGAUCUACUGCACCUCCAUCAAGGAGCUGAGCGUCAGCGACUGCCGCUUCGUCAGCGACUUUGGCCUGCGGGAGAUCGCCAAGCUGGAGUCCCGCCUGCGGUACCUCAGCAUCGCCCACUGCGGCCGCAUCACCGACGUGGGCAUCCGCUACGUGGCCAAGUACUGCAGCAAAUUGCGCUACCUCAACGCGAGGGGCUGCGAGGGCAUCACGGACCACGGCGUGGAGUACCUCGCCAAGAACUGCACAAAACUCAAGUCUUUGGACAUCGGCAAAUGCCCUUUGGUCUCCGACACGGGCCUGGAGUGCCUGGCCCUGAACUGCUUCAACCUCAAGCGGCUCAGCCUCAAGUCCUGCGAGAGCAUCACCGGCCAGGGCUUGCAGAUCGUGGCCGCCAACUGCUUUGACCUCCAGAUGCUCAACGUCCAGGACUGCGAGGUGUCCGUGGAGGCCCUGCGGUUUGUCAAACGCCACUGCAAGCGCUGUGUCAUCGAGCACACCAACCCUGCCUUUUUCUGAAGAGACAGCUUUCUUGCGUUGUUCUCACACAAACGGGAACCCAUCAAAAUGUUUGUUAAAAGCAGCCUAUGUAAGCACCAACACCCACUUAUAACGGCUCAUUCUUCCAGGAAGGUUCUUAGGAAUCUGGCUUUUGUGUCUCCUAAUUUCUCUUGGGCAUCAGAGGUCAAAAAGAAAAGAAAAAGAAAAACCUGGGUGGGGAGACAAAUUUUAGUUACAGCAAACAGUGUUUUGGGUCAGAUCAGUUGUAGGCAGUGUCUCUUGUCAUGGAAGAUGUACCUUAGCAGGCCAACUACAGUGUCUUCAGAAGUGCACCUUACUCAUUGUCCCCCACCAACUCCCAAAAUUCCACAUUCCCUCUCUGUCACUUCCCACCCCUCCCCUCCAACAGCAGCACAACAGUUGCGCGCCUGAUUCCCUCAUUAAACAGCUUGAUUGGCCUAAGCCACACCCUUUAAUCUCACACCAAGAAAAUUUGGGAUAAAGAAAUGCCAUAGCAUUUGGCAUUUGCAAAGCACUUUCCAAACCUUUGUCAAAGGCCCACUGUUCCCAGAAGCACGGUAGAAACAUAGACCUACCUUGUUCUCCCAGCUCAGCUGCUAACAGGCUGCGCAAACUUGGCCAAAGCACUUCAGCUUUCUGGGCUUCUGGCAUUGAACUUAAGACCAACUAGAUGGAGGAUUAGCUUAUGCCCAUUUCAGAACCCAUGGAACAGAGGUGGUCGUAAACAGAAGCACCGUGAUGUGCAGCACACAAACAAGCUUCCUUUUUCAAGAGGUGAUUCUCCUGAAAAGGUGGCAGGGGCUCUGAGGAGACUGCAGUACCAAUGUCAUUUCACAAAGCUUCCUGCAGGUCCCUCUGCGCCUCCCCGUGCUCCUGGGUGGUUUCAUGGGUGAGCCCAUCCCACAUUUUCUCAUCUGUGCUCCAUAGCAUGGUUUCUGUGCACAACAGUUUCAGAAUCAUUUUAGCAAGGCCAGAAUGUCUAACCACCACAAUACCCAGAUCUCCCCGUCAAUUUGAUUUUCCCUGAGUAUUUUCAAAUAGGACAAAAGACCCUUAAAAUUUUUAAUCAACAAGGGAGGCCCAAGGGAACACAUGUCCUCCAAAGUUUUUCUAAUCCCUCGAAGUACACAUGUGGCAGGCAUCAGGCACAUCUGCCCAGCAGCUGGUCCCAGAGACUCCUUCAUUCUCUGUCAUUCAGAUUGCAUUUCCACUUUUCUCAUCCAUUCAUUUCCUUAUGCAUCCAAAUUUCAAACCUAUUGGGGUUAAAUCCAGAUUUGAAGCCUACCAGGGUUAAAUUUUUGUUUAAUUGUGCAAAUUGCCACCUUGUGUGCCUCCCCCACAGUUGUCUGCAAGUUUCCCAUCAAAGAAUGCCAAGCAGAUUUUUUUCCAGGUGUAAUUGAUGCUCACUCAGAAAUGGAAGUGACAACACAUUAAUAAGGCUGAGAUGCCAGUCCAGCAACCAAGCCCUUGAAAUAGAACAUGAAAAUCAUUACAAAAUACAAAUGUUAAGUGGAUGGAAUUUUAAAUGAACCUAUUUGGAUAGUCUCAUUUGUAUGAAAUCAGGUGGCCAGAAGAAAUUCCAUUGCUAGUCUUUACAAAAUUCAGUUGCCUUGUCUUAGGAAACACAUGACUUUUUUCAAAUUGUUCUCCAGCCAUGCCCCCUCCCUCCUCAACAGUUCCCCUAACCCAGCCCAAAACCUCUGUGUCUUCAAGACAAGUAUAUCUGAUUUGUUUCAGACAAAGCAAACACUGUUCGACAACUGCACUCCCACUGUAGGCUCCUGUGCACACUGUCCUCUGUUGGAAAGGAGGAAUUAGAGUGAUGAUGUGGCAUCUGGCCUGGAGGUUUCUUUCAUCCAUCAUGUAAAAACCACAGCCUCCUGUCCACUCAGCUUUACCAUCAGCUUAGAUGUGCAAUCAAAACUCUGCCAUGGAGAAAACCAGUUUGGCUAGGGAUAGGAUCUAGUGAUAGCCACAGAGCUUAGAACCAUGAAGGAAGUUGAAGGCAGCGUUCUUCUGCUCUGUGACUGGUGAUCCUAUUGGAAGUUUCAGAAUGUGAGAAUCACAAAGGACUGUCCACAGCCCCCAGCAUUAGGACAUCCAAGUGAGCCACGUUAAUGCUCCCAGAAGACAUGCAAUGGCUCCCUGAACCAUUCUGAAUAUCUUUAUUGCCACCACCUGAUCACAUCACCUAAGUAGUCUUCCAACGAUGAGACUAGGCAGAUUUUUCGCACUGAUUGCCCAGCAGAUAUUGUCUUUCCAACUUUCUCCAUUGUUUCCUGCCCCUCCACUCUCCUCUUCAUCCAUUCUGCUCUUCCUUGGGGUGUGAAUCAGUGACAGAGGUUAUUGGGAAACAGCUCAGCAGAAUUUUAGAGACCAAGCAAAAAAAAAAAAAAGCCUCACUAGGAAAUGUAUCUGUUUUAAAACAUUGCUUCCUUCCUGGCUCUGCUAAAUUGAAUGCUCAUCGUUUUUGUAAUUCUAAUGUGCAAAUCACUGCGUGCUGUAUGACUCUAGAAAGCCUUAAUUUACUACCACCAAGAAAUAAAGCAAUAUGUUGGU